AUGAGCCUCCAAGUAGUGAACUGCAUGGCUCUGACGCCAAGCUCUGUGGCCGCAGCGCCCGCAAGGAGUUUGCCUGCGCCGGCCGCCCGCCCUUCUGGUGCUAAGGCGCCAGCGUCUGCGGUUGGCCUUGCGGUGGCCCUGGCGCUUCGGUUGCCGCAUGCCGCGGGAACUAGCCGACGCCGGUCGAGGCUGAUCCUGAACUCCAUCUGGUCCACUGGAAAACCCAGGAGGGAGCUUCUGAGACCGGAGACGCGGAUCGCCCACGCCAAGGCGCCGGCCAGGGCGGAUGGCAUCCGGCUCUGCUCUGGCAUCUCUGAGCUCGUGGAGAGCUAUGAUGCCUUCACCUUGGACCAGUAUGGCGUCCUUCAUGAUGGGCGUCAGGCCUACCCUGGUGCCUCCGAGUGUCUCGCAAAAAUGAAGGAGGCAGGAAAGCCCUGUGUCAUCCUUUCGAACUACGCAGGUCGCGCGGAGCGGCAGAAGGCCAGACUUCCAGACAUCGGCUUCAACCCCGAUGACCUAGCUGGAGUCGUCACCUCUGGGGAGAUGGCCUUCCGGUACUUAGCGAAGCAAGGCAAGUUUGGGAAGCGGGUCCUCUGGAUUGCAUGGACGGAGCUCGAGGCUCGCGGGCUGGGCGACUUCUUCGAGGGCCUCGAAGGCUACACGCUUGCAGAGAGCGUCGGGGAGGCAGAUUUUAUCCUCGUAUCGGGCGUCCAGAGCCGUUUCGCCGGGACAGCCGUUGAGGACGCCUGCGACUAUGAGGAGACGGGCAACCACCGCCUCUACCGGCCCAUCUUCCGUGCGGCCAUCCAGCGGCAGUUGCCAAUGAUCUGCGCCAAUCCAGAUCUGCGAGUCAUGCGCCCAGGUGGUUGGAAGGCGUACCUGGGCGGGUCUCUUGCAGCGUACUACGAACGCCUGGGGGGCCAGGUCAUUUAUUUUGGCAAGCCUUACACCUCCGCCUUCGAGGAGGCCCGGCACCAGCUUUGUCACGCGGUGGCCGGUGGCGAUGCCGACAGGGCGCUGGAGCUGGAGCUCGACGAGGACUUCCGGAUCUGUCACAUUGGCGACUCCCUGCACCACGACGUGAAGGGCGCCAUCUCGGUGGGCUUCGACGCGGCCUUUGUCGCGAAGACAGGCAUCCAUGCCGAAGACAUGGGGGGCCAAGACUCCGAGCUCACCCAGGUCGGCAUCCGAGACCUCUGCGAGGAAGAGGAGGUGCCCCUUCCGCAGUCCGCCGUCCCCUGCUUCGCCUGGUGA